AGCAUCAUUUUUGACAUGUAAAGAAUCAUGUGACAGAGAAGAAUCACUCCUUUGCCAAGGCCAACCAUUGGCCAUUGUGUUUGGUAUGCAAACCCAAAUCGGUCAUCUCUCAUCAACCCCAAUUUUAAAAACUUCUGGUUCUAUCCAUUACCAUUUAGACCCCACAAACCAACACUUUUUCUCAUCCCUUUUUGUAGAUGAGGAUCAUCUACAGAGUUCCAGCUCAACCCUCUUCUGUCCUCACUGCUCGAACCUUUCUUUCUGAACCAUCUUUUAGCUUGUUUCCUCUGUGUCUGGAUAUUUACCAUUUCUGCCAAACUUUCAAUGUGUCCUGGUUGUUUAUCUUCGUUUUUCAGAGAAAAGUUAAGUUUCCUUCAGGCCGGUUGAUAUUGGGUUCUUGUCAAAAUCCCAUCUUUUCAACAAAAGACUCGAUUUUUCCAUCUGGGUCUGUGAGAUUUUUGGCUGUGGUUUUUAGCUUUGUAGAUGGGAUAUCGUCGUCUUUUUGAUCCCGAAAUUUGGACUCUCAAGUGGGUUUUGAGUUGAAGGGUUGGAGGUUCAAGGAGGAUGAAAAGGGGGAGAGAUGAGGAGAAGAUCACGGGCCCCUUGUUUCCUAGGCUCCAUGUCAAUGAUACAGAGAAAGGGGGGCCAAGGGCGCCUCCAAGGAACAAGAUGGCCCUCUACGAACUGCUCAGUAUCCCUUCUCAGAGGUUCAAUCCUAGAUUGGCGCCGACGUUGCCUCUUCCUCCCAACAACUCCUGCACUUCGGUAUCUUCGAUCUCUUCGAGCCAGGAAUCAGGAUGUAAAUUCCAUUCUUUGUGGUUGAUCAUGGAUGAUCAUGGAUGGUUUUGAAGGAAACCGUCUUAGGAGAGUGGAGGUCAUGAAAGAAGCGUGCUUUCUCCAUUUUACCUUCAACCUCCCACAUCUACUCAUUCAGCUGGGAAGCUUCAUUCAUCUUCUUCUGAUGGAGCAAACUUGAAUGGUACCAUGGCAGAGUUUGAUAGGAAAUCUACAAAAAAUGUAAAUCAUCGACCUUCAAAUGCUACUACAGGUUUGUUAUCAACUAGUGAUCGCAGUUCAUGCCACUCACAUGCCUUCUCCAACUUGAGGAAACGGAUACCUGGGGAUGAGGAUGAUCUUAGGGUUCCUGUCUUUGUUCACUCACAAGUUUCUCCUUGUUCUGAUAAGGAUAUUCCCAACACCAGCAGGGAAAGAUUUUCUCCCUUCAUCUCAACCAAUUCAGACCGUUCUACAGUUGCAGAAGAUAACAGUCCACUUAAAACUGCAGCAGCUACUUGCAAUUCAUCAAUGCAACCUCAGAAUGCUUGCGAUAAAAGCCAGAAACCAACCAGAACAACAGAUAUGAAGUCAAAACAACAUGUAAGAAACCAAUUUAAAGAGAACCUGAAAGAAACUGUGACUGGUAAAAACCAUGCAGAAAAUUCUACAUCUAUCUCAUCAAUGGGAGAAAGGAUUGCCGAACCCUUAAAGCAUGACAAAACAAGUGGAAAUCAAGAACUUCAAAAUGGUCAGGUUGGUUCCAGGAGAUUAUGUGAUGCUGAUGCAGAGAGGCAUCAAGAAAAUGGAUCUGCUAUGUUUCCUAAAAUUUGUGGAGAUGCUGAUGUUCAUUUGGUUGAGCCCAAUGAAGUGGAGAAGGAAAACAUUUCAAGGGAGAGAAAUGAAUCAUGUUCUGAGGCAUCGCCUGUUAAUAGUCACAGAAAUCCUGAGAGGGCUGAAAAUGGUGGGCAUUACCAUGAAGAGAUGGUGCAUGAAUCAUUACAGGUGGGAGAUGUGGACGGAAAUGAUGAUGCAUCUGAGAGCUCCAUGGUGGAUUCUGUAUUGGGUGCGGAUAUAUCUCCUGAUGAUGCUGUAGGAGUAAUAGGGAAAAAGCGUUUCUGGAAAGCAAGGAGGGCAAUUGUCAAUCAACAAAAGCUGUUUGCAGUGCAGGUAUUUGAGUUGCAUAGGUUGAUAGAGGUUCAAAGAUUGAUUGCUGGAUCACCUCAUCUCUUGCUUGAUGGUAAUCCUUGUCUAGGCAAACCACCUUUAAAGGAAUCUCCUGUGAAGAAGCUGACAUCUAAGUAUGUCAUAAAAUCACCACCAUGUGUUAAGAAGAAAGUUGAUUCUCAGAACCCAAACCAGAAUGCUGAAGGUGCUGCUGAGAACACACUUCGGAAGCCCACUCCUCUCAGCAAUGGUGUCAAUAAGGGACUUGUUAGUCAACAAUCAUGUCAUGGGCCUCAUUCUGGAAAUCCACCAUUAGCACCUAUGGCUACUGAUAACAAGUCAGGUCCUUGGUAUUUCUAUCCACCACCAGGAAAUCGGUGGUUGGUUCCCAUAAUGUCCCCUUCUGAAGGACUUGUCCACAAGCCGGUGGUAGGACCAUGUCCACUAACUGCAGGUUUCAUGGCACCAGUGUAUGGAGACUGUGGGCCUCCAAGUUUAUCCCCAAUGGCUGGAGACUUUAUGAGUACAGCCUAUGGUAUACCAGCCUCUCAUCAGCAGGGGAUUGGUAUUUUUCCUGGUGCUCUUCCAGUUGGUCAGACAUACUUUCCCUCAUAUGGUGUGCCAGUCUUGAACCCCGGUAUCUUUGCCUCAUCUGUGGAUCAGACAAACCCAUUGGUUGGUGUCUGGCCACAUGGACAUGCUGAAAGUUUUUCAUCAGGGGAUGCGUACUUCAACCUUCACCAUCACAGCUCGUAUAACAAUUCAAACCACAAUAGCGAGUCUAUCUCCUGUUGUACUUGGAAGUUUCAGAUGUCCAAAGAUAGUGAACCCCAAGGGAGCACAGCAAGCAGUCCUUGUGAGAGGACACGGAGUACUGGGGCAAAUAAUAUUGCCGAAGGAAGAGAUCCACUUCCUCUUUUUCCCAUGGCUCCAGCUGUGCAGGUUCAGAAUCCAGUACUCCAGAGUCGGAGUAGUGAUCAGCAGACAAGAGUGAUCAGGGUGGUGCCUCACAAUCGUAGAUCUGCAACUGAGUCAGCAGCGCGGAUUUUCCAGUCCAUACAAAAAGAGAGGCAAAAAUAUGAUUCAGUUUGAUUCAAAAUCUGAUGGCAAUGAUCAACAUUAAUCCCACUACACUGACUAGUGGGAGGUAAAUGAUCUUGGGCUCACAAGAACUUGGAAUUUGUGGUUUGACAUACACUCACUACUUGAUUCCUGAGUAGUUCUUUAUACUAUUUACAUGUACAUAUGUUUAUGCAAGAUGGCAAGAAAAGAAGGCCCAGAGUAUAUUGCUUUUUUCUUUCCUUCCUUUUCAAUGUCAUAACAGGUUUUGGGUACAAAGUGAUCCACGUUUUGCACGGAAAUGGGAAGUCAACAAUUCUUGGAGGGCAUUGCUCUUCAAUUGGAGGAGAUUAUCAAGCUUCUUUUGCACUGCAUUUUCCCCUUAUUUUCCAUUUCCUUUUUUUUUGGAGGAGGGAGGGAUGUAAUUCGUUCCUAUUUGAUCUGUUCGUUUUUUUUUCUGUUACAUACUUAACAUUUGGCUGCUUGGAUGCUUCACUUAAAUAAAGUAGCAAUAAAAGAAUCGGGUUCAUAUAAAAAUUUCUUUGCAGUUGUACCAUUAGAUUGAGAAUCCAUUUACUUGGGUGGAAUUCUUAUGUCCCAAA